AACCACCAGAUAUUUAAUUUUUUUUCUUAAAUUCAUGUUAAACUAAAAUUGAUAUUUUUUUAAAUGGAGGGAGAAUAAUCUUUAUCACUCCCUUUCUCCCACAAAAAUUUAAUACCAAUUCCAAUUUAAAUUCAUAUUAAACACACCUCCAACUUCAAGUUGUUUUAAUUUUCAGCCAAACGCCUAAUAAAAAGAAGAGUAGCUGUGUAAAUUACCAUAUUACCCUCCAUUUCAUCUCAAAAAUACGCCACCGGACCGUGGCCAGCUAAAACCCUACUGAUCGGUGUACAAAAACCGGCGAAAAUGGAAUCGGAAAAACCCUCAGUUGAAAUGAAGGAGAAAGAAUUGUUCAAAGCAGCUGAAUGUGGCGAUUCAUCGCUCUUCAAAUCACUCACUGAACAUCAGCUAAUCAAAGCCCUGUCUCUCCGUAAUGAAGAUGCUCGUUCUCUCCUUCAUGUUGCCGUUUCUUCUGGACACACUCAGGUGGUAAAGAUUCUUGCAGCUGCUGAUCCCUCAGCGAGUGGUAUAAAUAGCGGUGACGAAGAAGGUUGGGUGCCAUUGCACUCUGCAGCAAGCAGUGGUAAUGUGGAAAUUGUGGAGAUUUUGCUCAACAGAGGUGCUGAUGUAAAUCAGAAAAAUGAUGGUGGCCGCACUGCUCUUCACUAUGCUGCUAGCAAGGGUCGAGCGAAAAUAGCUGAACUUUUGAUUUCACAUGGUGCUAAGAUCAAUGCAAAAGACAAGGUAGGAUGCACCCCAUUGCAUCGUGCAGCUAGCACGGGGAACUCUGAGCUAUGCGAACUAUUAAUUGAGGAAGGCGCUGAAGUUGAUGAAGUUGACAAGGCAGGGGAAACACCCUUGAUGACUGCUGUUGUAUGCGGCAAUAAAGAGGUAGCUUUACUCCUCAUAAGACAUGGAGCAAAUGUUGACAUUGAGGACAAGGAAGGAUACACUGUGCUUGGUCGUGCUUCUAAUGAUCUUCGCCCAAUAUUGGUUGAUGCUGCAAAGGUGAUGCUCGAAGGAUAAAUUCCAUGAACUUAUAGUAGCCUAUCAGAAAACGCGAGCCAACUCUGUAUAUGAUCGACAAGAAGCCUGCUCAACUAGAUACAGACUAAUGAAUAUCUUUCUGAGACAUUUUUAGUUGUAUAAGAAGAAAUCUCAAUGAUGUUUUGACUCAUUUACUGUAUUUUUUUCUACUAACUUGAAUAGUUGUGUUCAUCCCUUGCGGAAACUAUAUGUUGAUAUCAUGGUUUUUUUUUUCCU